CAACCUCGCGGCAAGGAGGCCUUCUGCUACCUUGGAGCUAUCUACCAGGCAUUGGAUCCAUCUGAACUUGAAGUCCUCGGCUUUCAUUACCAGAUAUCUAUCGUUUUGCGGAGAGAAUAAAUUCCACAUUCAUUGCUGAAUUAAUUAGAGAAAGCUACUGCCGUCUUUGUGUUUGUUUUUUUACCUUCUUAGUGUUGUCUGUGUUCGAGGUUAUCAAGCAGCAACCAAAACCAAGAUCAGAAAUUCUAAGCUUCCAUCAGGAGAAUCAAUCACCGUGAAGAACCCAAUCAGAUAAAAACUGAAUCUUUAACUGGGUUUUUCAUUCGAAGCAGGAAACAGAUUUCCACUGUUCAGGAAACACUGAUCUGUUUACUGGGUUGUUGUUUUUGGUAAAUCUGUAUUGGGAAGAGAGUGAUGGUGGAGGAGGAGGAGGAUCUUAAAUCCUCUGGUGACAUGGUGGAAGAAAAUGAGCCCAAAAAAGGGUGUUCUGGUGCUCUCUGCACACCAAUCAAUUGGUUCAAAAUGCUGUGUGCGGAAAUGCAUUGGAGUUUUGUAAUGGGGGUGGUGGUUGUUUAUGGAAUAAAUCAAGGACUGGGUGGAGCUCUUUAUCGUGUGGGCACAGAAUAUUACAUGAAGGAUGUUCAAAAAGUGCAGCCUUCUGAAGCACAAUUUUAUCAAGGAAUUACUUCUAUUCCUUGGCUUGUCAAGCCUCUCUGGGGUCUCCUCACCGAUGUUCUCCCAAUUUUCGGGUAUCGAAGACGGCCUUAUUUCAUCGUAGCAGGUUCUAUUGGUGUGAUCUCCAUGCUCGUGCUAUCAUUCCAUGAAAAGCUGCACAUUGCACUUGCCCUUUUGUCAUUAAUAGCUGGAAGUGCUGGAGUGGCUGUAGCAGAUGUCACCAUAGAUGCCUGUGUUGCACAGAACAGUAUUAAUCAUCCGUCACUUGCAGCCGAUAUGCAAAGCCUGUGUGCCCUGAGUUCCUCCAUUGGGGCACUACUGGGAUUCUCUGUUAGUGGUAUCUUUGUUCAUCUUAUAGGCCCUAAGGGGGUAUACGGGUUGUUGGCAAUCCCAUUUGGACUUGUGUUCUUAAUUGGAACUCUGCUUAAGGAACCUCAUUCUCCCAAUUUGGCUUACACACAGGUCAAUCAGAAGUUUAUUGAUGCUGGCAAGGCUAUGUGGACAACGUUGAAAUGUCCUGAUGUAUGGAGGCCAUGCUUAUACAUGUACUUUUCCCUUGCUCUGUCCAAUGUCUCGUUCCAAUUUUACCAGAUGUCCCUGAAGGGACCACUCUGUGCAAUGUGAGUAAAGUUAAUCAUUUACAUCUUUUUGCAGGAGAAUGUUGGAUAUAUAUUCUCCAUUGGUUCAGUUGGUUCCCUUUUGGGGGCGGUACUCUAUCAAAAUGUUCUAAAGGAUCAUCCUUUCCGGGACUUGCUGUUCUGGACUCAACUGGUUUACAGUUUAUCAGGAACGCUAGAUUUGAUGCUGGUCUUGCGAUUGAAUUUGAAAUUUGGCAUACCAGAUUAUUUCUUUGUUGUGAUUGAUGAAAGUGUAUCUCAAAUGACUGGAAGGCUCAAAUGGAUGCCUCUUCUUGUGCUUAGCUCAAAGCUUUGUCCUCCGGGAAUCGAAGGAACUUUUUUUGCUCUGCUCAUGUCAAUCGAUAAUGUUGGACUUCUCUCAGCAACAUGGGGAGGAGGCAUCUUACUGCAUGUAUUGAAGGUUACACGGACACAAUUUGAUAAUCUCUGGCUGGCCAUUCUGAUUAGGAACUUCUUGAGAUUAGCUCCGCUUUGUCUGCUAUUUUUGGUACCUAGAGUUGAUCCCAACUCCUCCAUUCUUCCAACUGAAAUCUUGAAUACAAAAGAGGAUAUUGAAACUCAAGAAACAGAGAACAUUGAAUUGGUCUCCCUUGUGAACAGAGUUGAUGAUAGAUAGCCCAACAAUAUACCAUUCACGUCAAAAUCAUCUUAGGUUUCGGAAACAUACUUAGAAGACCAAGCCAAAGUUGCUUUAGGUUGUUACUUGAAAGAGUUAUGAUGAAUGUACUAUUGUUAUAUAUUUUCGUUAUUUGCCACAUUUUUUCUUAUUAAUGGGAGAAGUAUUUCAUGGUAGUCCAACUUUAUAUAGUGAGAUCCAUUAAGUAGGUUUUCUUCUGUUUAACUUCUUGACACAGAAUGUUGAUGAGAGUUCACUACGGCGGGAACACUGUAAAAACAAAAGCCAAGACCGGAUUUCGAUAAUUAAGUUAAAAUAGGGUGUAAAGCAACUGUAAACCGUUUGGUCAAAGUCAACUCGUUCUAUUACC